AUGUCCAAACUGCUAGGACUCACCGCUUUUGCGGUUUUCGUGGCGGCCGCGAUUGCGAUUGCUUCACUUGUCCUGAACAUCCUCAUCUUGAGUCGAGUUAGCAAUAUUAAUAACAACAUCCCCAUCAACGAGACGAAAGCGACUACAAGUCCACCUGCGAAGCCUUCAGCAAAGCCUACAUCAACUCCUUUCAUUUCUACUCCUCCUCCCCCUAACAACAACAACAACAACACAUACUGUCCAAAUUAUGUACCUGCUGACAAAUCUCCAGGAUAUCAACAUGCUGCUGCUUAUCUUUUAAAUGGGCUUGAUCAAAGUGUGGACCCAUGUGAAGAUUUCUAUGCUUUCACUUGCAACAACUUCACCGCUCAUGCGAACAUCACUGGAAUGGGCAGACUAGGGACAUACGACGAGGCUCAAGUAAUUGUCAAUAAUCAGAUAGCGUUGAGCCUAAAAGCUGUGGAUAUAAACGACGCAAAAUGGUCAGCUACUGAAAGAAUCACCAAAGCGGCAUUGGAUGCAUGCGUUAUCAACAGCCAGCUAACAAGCUCUAUCGACAAGUCUAAACAAAUUUAUAACGACAUCAGCGCCUGGUUUGGAGGUGCUCCCUUCCUCGGCGACGAAUUAACCCAGGAUUCUGCCAGCAUUUGGGGUACGGUAGGCUUUAUAGAACAAACUCAUGCUCUUGGAACGUUGCUCUCGUCUUGGGUUUCUGUCGAUUACAAGAAUGUCUCACAGAAUGCGCUUUACAUAUCGCAGCCUGCACUUUCGAUGCCUCGUGAUUUUUACGUUCUUCCUCAAUUUGUGGAUAAUCUGAACGACAGGGCAACAGCGAUUGAGGGUGUCAUGAAACAAUUCGCCAUGGAUCUCAUGUCAAAUUUCACCGAUUCCCUCACAGAGGCUGCCCAAGCUGUUGCAAACUUUGAAGUGCAGAUAGCCAUGGCUUCUUGGCCAGAUGACGAGAUGAGAAAUUACGACCAACAGUAUAACGCCUACAAACUGGACACUUUGAACAAAGCCUACCCCUCAAUCAAGUGGAGCACCUAUCUGAGAAAUCUGACAUCAUCUGUUGAAGGGGCGGCUGACGUCUUCUCUAACCAAGUAGUGCUCUCUCAACCUUCUUACUUUGCUUGGUUGAAUGCAAUCUUUGCUGGAAACAGUGUGGAUCGAGAUACCAUCGUCAACUACAUUAUUACUCAACUGCUCUUUGAUGAUGCAGGAUUUCUUGGGGAACCUUACCAAAAUAUAGCACAACGUUCUGGUUAUGUACCAUACGCUCAACGAAGGGGCAGAGGAGUAACCAGGGUUGGCCGACGAUAUACGAGAAAAUUCGACGACCAAGAUGAUCCUGCAGUUGACUGCAUCGACCUGAUCAUGGCAUACAUGCCUUAUGGUCCUGGCUAUGUUUACGUCAAAGGACAAACAAAUAGGGAUGCUGUCGUCAAGGAUGUUAAACAUCAGACUGAACUAGUCAUCAAGAACUUUUUGGAGAUGAUGAAUUCAACACAAUGGAUGUCCGCAUAUUCUAAAGAGGCAGCUCGGAACAAGGCUGAUCAACUAAUCAAGAACUACGGUUGGCCUGAGCUUUUUGGUGACUUCAAGAAUUCUGCGAAUGUUGAUAACUAUCAUAGCGACUACAUGCCUAUACUGGAUGCAUUCAAAAAUGACAGUAAUGAUUAUUACACGAUCCUCAAAAUAUUGAAGACAGGCUUGGAGAAUCGCGAAGCUUUCCGUCUUCUUACCGAAAAAGCUGAUAGGUCGAAUUUCCUACAGUCACCAGCAAUGGUAAAUGCAUGGUAUCAGCCAGAGAGAAAUUCGAUCACAUUCCCCUAUGCUAUCUGGAAUCCUCCCUACUACAAUUUCGACUAUCCUCAAGCUUACAACUAUGCUGGUCAGGGAGGUACCGGAGGCCAUGAACUAACCCAUGGUUUCGAUGAUGAGGGUGUUCAAUUUGGAGGGGACGGUUCGUUAACAGGUUGCACAUGGAAUCAAUGCGGGUGGAUGGAUACAAAUUCAAGUACUGGCUUUACUGAUAUGGCACAAUGUGUUGUCACACAGUAUAGCACGCAAUGCUGCCCAGAGAAAACGGGCAAUGUUCAUUGUGCUAAUGGUGCAACUACUCAAGGAGAAAAUAUUGCCGAUUUGGGAGGUCAACAAGCCGCAUACAAUGCCUACCGGGAAUACAUUGAUAAGGAGAAGAAGCAAGAAGAACCAAGAUUGCCUGGUCUGGAGCAAUAUACACCAAAUCAGAUUUUCUGGAUCACUUAUGGAUAUUCGUGGUGUAUGGAGCAGAGCGACGACAACCUAGUGAAUCAGCUUCUUACAAAUCCACAUGCACCUGGUUCAUGCCGAACUAAUCAAGUUAUGCAAGACAUCCCAUCUUUCGGGAAAGAUUUCGGCUGUAAACAAGGAUCUCCCAUGUAUCCAACACCGGAUAAACGAUGUAAAGUCUGGGUUGGACAGUGAUCACCUCUGAAAUGGCCUGGCCAUGGAUCUCCUAAAUUAUCUACCUCCUCUGAGCUUGGGUUGACGUGUCCUCAAUAAAGU